GCGGCGCAUGCGCGUAAAACUGGUUGGCAGAAACCAUUUCUUUUAUCAUUGCAAUGGAUGACCAGAUCACAAAGAAAUUAGUUUUGAAUGGCCCUUUGUCGGCGUAUGCGAGUGCAUUAACCCCUGAAGCAAAAGAACGGUACUACAGAAAGCUGCUUUACGAUUCUGAAACGAAAACGUUGCCCGACCCGUACAGUUUAGGUGGGAAAUGGAGCACAAAUCCAAGCAACUGGCCAGAUUUAACUUUUGGAGAUAUUUAUCUCUAUUUAAUCGACACACCAUCCAUCUACAACAAAGAUUCAAUGAAAGCCUACAAAUCGCUGGAAGCAUACAAGUAUGUUGUUAGCGGACAUGUGCAGGUUGUGCUGUCAAAUCCAGUAGAUGACAAGUGCCCUUUCAUUGCAUUGAAAUCUAAAGUGACUCCUUCGCAGAGGGCAAGGGACAAGCCACAUGAGCCAUGGGUUUUCUUGGAGAAAAACAGCGGCACAGUUUACUGUGCACACUGUACCUGUAUGGCCGGGUAUGAUACUACAUAUAGUUAUCUAAAUAAAGAAAUAUGUGUGAGCUAUGCAUACCUGCUAGUGCUGGUUAUUGCUAUUGACUUCCUAAUCAAUAAUCAGACUUUGCAGAUCAAUUUAUAAUCGUUUUAGUUCCACAUAAAUGGAAGUCAACAUAGCAGACGAAUGAAAGUAACAACUUCACAGUUUAUAUAGUAACCUGUUUAGUGACAUAUGCAACAGUGACCAUCUAAAAUAGAUUAUUUUGAAGGAAGCUGUGACAUCUGUGCUAAUAACUGUCAGCAUCUGCUUCCGUCAUUUUGAGAUGUUUCAUCUUACGAAAAAUAAGACGGUAAUACUACUAAUAGCAAAAAUAGAUUAUAACACUUGUGAACUCAAGUUUAUUAACGAACUAAAUGUAUGUGUGCAAAUUUUGAUAAUCGAUUAAGAGUGAACAGAACAGAUUGAUAAUCUUUUUUAUUACCUAGAUCAAUAAAUUAAACGAUUAUAUGAUUAAUCGCUCCAGCCCUAUAAUACCUGCAUAUAGCUAAUUUGGCUAAAAUUAUAAAGAAAGCUAAUUGGUUCUUUCCUAAAUGUUUUACGACUUUAGGUUUAGAAAAAAAAUUACUUUGUACAUUUAACUUUUCGGAAUGUUUGUACAUCAUUUACUUACCUGCAUUCAAACCCAAGUUUUUCAUAUAUAUGCAAAUUGUUUAAUAAUAGUUAUUGUGUUAUACAUGUAGGCUAGGUGAAGUAUGCAGCCAUGUUGGAGCUCUUUUGUUCAAGAUCGAGAUGGGUGUUAAGAUGGGUAUGACCCAAACCAGCUCAACCAGUAAAGCUUGUCAGUGGAAUAGCACUUUUCGAAAAGAGGUAAUUUGAUCAGACAUAUUUGUUUUCUCCAACAGAGGCCUUUACAUAUAUGAUUUCUCCCUUUAAAUGUUUUCCUAUUUACAAUGUAGCUUUGCACAUUUACUGCCACAAAACACACAUUAACUGUUAC